AUGGCGGCGUUGUUGGGUCUGGACGGCCUGUUCCUCGGCUUCGAUAGCUCCACGCAGUCUCUCAAGGCCACAGCAAUCGAUUCCUCUCUUCGAAUCGUCGCCACCGAAUCACUCCAGUAUGACACAACCCUCCCCCACUACCGAACCUCCGGAGGCGUGCACCGAGCCUCCGCCGAGCCUGAUUCCCGAACCUCCUCGUCAGGCUCGGCGCUUAGAGUCACCGCACCACCGGCCAUGUGGGUAGAAGCUUUUGAUGUGAUUCUAGCGAGGUUGAAAGAAGUGGAUUUCCCAUUUGAUAAAGUGCGGGCAGUUUCCGGCAGCGGGCAGCAGCACGGGAGUGUUUAUUGGCGGAGAGGAUCCCGGGCACGGCUUAGAAACCUUCGUUCUGACCAGACUCUUUUUGCUCAGUUAUGUGGGGAUGAGAGAAACAGGGAAAGGGAAAACAGCGGGAUUCAGAAGCAAGGGUCGCACUCAAAGGGGUUCAGCUCAAAUGAUUCAGUACAAGGUGAUUCGUUUCAAGGCAAUGCAUCAUUGCAGCAGAGUGCAUUUUCGAUAUUAGAUUCCCCUAUCUGGAUGGACAGCUGCACAGCAGCCCAGUGUAGGGAAAUCGAAUCAGCUCUUGGCGGACCUGCAGCUUUGGCUCGGCUGACAGGCUCCCGAGCCUACGAGCGGUUCACCGGGCCUCAGGUUCGGCGGGUGUGGCAGCAUCAGGCUCGGGAGUAUGAUGUCACCGAGAGGAUUUCGCUAGUGAGCUCGUUUGGCGCGUCGCUAUUGGUCGGGGAUUACGCUCCCAUUGAUGCUGCUGACGGCGCUGGGAUGAAUCUGAUGGAUCUGCGGACGAGAGAGUGGGCUGACGUGGCACUCGAGGCCACUGCGCCGAACCUGCGAGAGAGGCUCGGCGAGGUGGUUCCGUCCCACCAAGUGGUUGGCAAUGUGCAUCAAUACUAUGUUGACAGGUUUGGCUUCUCUCCAAGCUGCCAGGUCGUGGCAUGGUCAGGGGACAACCCGUGCAGCCUUGCAGGUUUGGCGCUGGGAGGUUCGGGCGAUGUGGGCAUCAGCCUCGGAACGAGUGACACUGUCUUUGCAGUGGUGUUAGACCCUCAGCCCGGGCUAGAGGGCCACGUGUUUCCCAACCCUGUGGAUCCAUCCUCGUUUAUGGCCAUGAUCUGUUAUAAGAACGGAUCACUCACUCGACAAGCCAUCAGGGACCGCUGUGCAGGAGGGUCGUGGGACGCAUUCUGCCAGCUGCUGAAUGAGGCUCCUGCUUUGAAUGGUGGGCGCAUGGGCUUUUAUUAUCUUGACCCUGAGAUCAUCCCUCCACUACCAGUGGGAACCCAUCGCUUUUCACCAAGGGAGGGUGCGGCCGUAGGCGACCCGCUCACUCGCAUCUCCCCUGCCCAAACCUUUGAACCGCCACAAGAGAUCAGGGCAUUAGUGGAAGGACAGUUGGUGUCAAUGAGAGGGCAUGCGGAGAGAAUCGGGCUGCAGAGCCCACCUGCCCGGAUCAUUGCCACGGGGGGCGGCUCAGCCAAUGAGGCGAUCCUGCGCACCAUGGCGAAUGUUUUCGGCUGCCCAGUGUACACCUCAUCAUCCACAGACGCUUCCUCGUUGGGAGCAGCACUGAGUGCAGCACACGGCUACAUCUGCCUUCCUAUGCCACCCUCUCGUCGCUCUUUCUCCCAUAUGCCCUUCAACCUGCCUCCCACCCUUCUUCCUCUCUCCCCUCCAGACUCCGCCUCGUUGGGAGCAGCACUGAGUGCAGCACACGGCACGGCUAUUUUUGUCACACCCAAGGCUCCUUUUCAACUCUCCCACUCCGCCUCGUUGGGUGCAGCACUGAGAGCAGCACACGGCUACCUCCGCCACGCCCAAAGUCCAUCACUCUGCCUCGUUGGGAGCAGCACUGAGAGCAGCACACGGCUACCUCUGCCACACCCAAGGCUCCCUUCUCUUUACACGUUAUCCCCCUUUUUGCUGCCUUCCCUCCCAUUCCCUCCCGUCUCCAGACUCCGCUUCAUUGGGAGCAGCGCUAAGAGCAGCACACGGCUACCUCUGCCACACCCAAGGCUCCUUUUCAACUCUCCUGUAUCUUCACUCAUUUCUCCUCUUCUUGCUCCUUCCCCUUCCAUCCCCCCCUUUCCAGACUCUGCUUCACUGGGAGCAGCGCUAAGAGCAGCACACGGCUACCUCUGCCACACCCAAGGCUCCUUUCUCCCCUUCACAUCCCUCCUGGCUCAAGCCGGUGCCAGCUCAGCAAGUGCCACCUCAACAAGUGCCACAUCAGCAGGUGCCAGCUCAGCAGAUGCCUCUGCAGAAGGUGCCACAUCAGCAGACGCCCCUACCGCUGUUUCUCUCUCCGAAGCAAUCCCCGCCGGAUCCCCGGACCUUCACGCGAGGUACGGGGAUAUGGUGGCUCGGAGAAUGGCUGUUGAGAAGCAGCUGUUGGAAGAAGCAAGAGAGUAA